UGUUCGUAAAGGUGAUCUGCGGUGGAUAUAUAUCCGCUGCCGGGCUUCUCUCCGCAUAAUGCUUCCAUUAUCCUAUAGGAUUUACCUGAACCGGGAUGUCGCCUACCGAGGUUGCAGGUCCCGCUUCGUUGAUCGAUGACUUGCUCCUUCCUCUACUUACACAGCAAGACCGGAAAUAAACAGUCAACUACUCCGCAGCUCACCUUCCAGCGCCCUUCCCUAACAUCGCAAAUAUGCCGUCUCACAUCCACGACCGCACUACCAUCUACCGCGUUGUCUGCAUCCCCGGCGACGGCAUCGGCGUCGACAUCACUGAAGCCGCCGUGCAAGUUCUAAACACUCUGUCCAAAGCCCUAGGAGGGUUUGAAUUCGAGUUCACGACCGUCGACUGGAGCAGCAAAGCCUACCUCGAGCGAGGAUGGUACAUGCCACCCGACGGGCUGGAGCAGUUGAAGAAGUUCGACGCGAUAUACUUUGGCGCUGUAGGAUGGCCUGACGUGCCCGACCACAUCUCCCUCUGGGGCCUCAUCCUCCCCAUCCGCAAAGCCCUCAACCAAUACGUCAAUGUACGCCCGACACGCAUCCUCCCCGGGACCACCUCCCCGCUCGCAAACUGCGCACAAGCCGACCUCGACUGGGUGAUCGUGCGCGAGAACAGCGAGGGCGAAUACAGCGGGCAAGGCGGCAUCUCGCACGAGCACUCGCCGCACGCCAUCGGCACCGAAGUAUCCAUCUUCACGCAAGUCGGCAUCGAGCGCAUCAUGCGGUUUGCCUUCGAGACGGCGCGGUCGCGACCACGCAAGAAGCUGACCAUGGUGACGAAGAGCAAUGCGCAGCGGCAUGGCAUGGUGCUAUGGGAUAAGGUGUUUUACGAGGUGGCGAAGGAGUAUGGGGAUGUGGAGAUUGACAAGAUGCUUGUGGAUGCUAUGACGGUGCGGAUGGUGCUGAAUCCGAAGUCGCUUGACACCAUCGUCGCAACCAACCUCCACGCCGAUAUUUUGUCUGAUCUUGCUGCCGCAUUGAGCGGCAGUAUUGGGAUUGCGCCAAGCAGCAAUCUUGAUCCUACGCGCAAGAACCCGUCAAUGUUCGAGCCGAUUCACGGGUCGGCGCCGGAUAUUGCGGGGAAGGGGAUUGCGAAUCCGGUAGGUGCGUUUUGGAGCGCGGCAGAGAUGGUGCGGUGGUUGGGCGAAGAGAAGGCUGCCGAUGGACUGAUGAAGGUGGUGGAGAGUGUAACUGCUGCUGGUGUUAAGACCAAGGAUCUUGGAGGAAGUGAGAAUACAAAAGGGGUUACGGAGGCAGUGUGUAGGGAGAUUGAGAAACAGUUUGGUGGGGAGUAGGGAAUAUGUACACGUACCUCUACAGACGCCUUCACACCUUGAAUGCCUCUCCUGUUCACAUAGGACCCAGAGAAGUGUACUUCGACUUUCUCAAACCAGAUCAUCAAACAAGCCCGGCG